UCACCGCUCAGCAGUGCGCGCGGCCACAGUGCACGGUCCACACUCUCCAGUCCACGGUCCACACGCUCCAGUCCACGGUCCACACUCCCCAGUCCACGGUCCACACGCUCCAGUCCACGGUCCGCGGUCCACAGGUCGAUGGCAAGCGCCGAGCACUCGGUGGUGGUGCGGCGAGGCUGCAAGCAGUACCGCAGUGGACCAGCUGUGCUCGACCACCUGGACAUAACUGUACCUCGUGCCUCCAUCUAUGGCCUGCUGGGCGCCAGUGGCUGUGGAAAGACUACUCUUCUGAGCUGCAUAGUGGGCAUGAAGCGCAUGACUCUGGGCACAUAUGCGUACCCAAGUGGCUACAGUUGUUGUACUUGUUGCAGCUAUAGCCUGCUGGGUGCCAGUGGCUGUGGAAAGACUACUCUUCUGAGCUGCAUAGAGGGCAUGAAGCGCCUGGACUCUGGGCACAUAUGCGUACCCAAGUGGCUACAGUUGCCGUGCUUGUUGCAGCUAUGGUCUGCUGGGUGCCAGUGGCUGUGAAAAGACUACACUUCUGAGCUGCAUAGUGGGCAUGAAGCGCCUGGACUCUGGGCACAUAUGCGUACCCAAGUGGCUACAGUUGUUGUACUUGUUGCAGCUAUGGCCUGCUGGGCGCCAGUGGCUGUGGGAAGACUAAACUUCUGAGCUGCAUAGUGGGCAUGAAGCGCCUGGACUCUGAGCACAUAUGCGUACC